UCUGUAGGAUACAAUUCAACAUUCACGUUUGAAGCAGGCUGCAUCAUAAUACAACCGAGAAUGAAGCUUUUUAAUCGACUUUGGAUAUCAACUGUUGUGAUGGUAACCGUUGCAAGAAUUCCACCAUCGCUCAGUUCGAACCCACAGACCUGUGAGAAACCAAUUUCCCUUUAUAGCGAAGGAAAACUUCAGCGUAUAAAUGGAGAGAAAGUCGCCAAGGAACACUGUCCAGUUAGAGAGGCACACGACGGUCAACCGAUUCAAACCAUUCCAAAGUUGAUCCGGAGGUCGAUGUCCAUACCACCCUGUCCAGGCCGAGCACACACUUCGGAUGUGUCGGGAAUAUUCGUUUGUCGUAUUCCAGAUUGUCUGUCCAACCCUUGCCAAAAUGGGGGCUCAUGUGAGGAGACUAAGGACAGUUUCAAGUGCCUCUGCCCAUCUGUUUUUACUGGUGUUACGUGUGAAACAGCCGUCGAUAUAACGUCAAACACAAGCACCACUGGAAAGCCUGCUUUGACAACGAAGUCCGGGAUGACAUUGACCACCAUCGACAUUGGAAUGGAAGAUACGACCACGAUGUCGACAACGGAUAACUUGUCAACCCAUGAAGAGUGUUCUCACGCAAACAGGACGUGCCCGCCAGGCUGGGAUGCAUUCGGUUGCAAGUGCUACAAGUACAUUAGGGACAAAGAAUUAUGGACCUGGCAUUUCAACAAAUGCCAGGAUCUUUACGCUGCUACCAUGUUGGUCAUCGAGUCUGAAGAGGAGGACGAUUUCAUUAUUCGUUCAUACGGUUGGGGCCUAUACGCCAUCUGGCUGGGAUGCAAAAGACCAUCUGGAAAUUCAUCCUGGUACUGUCCUGCAACCGGUGCAAGGUGGUCAGAGUCAUUUAGCUAUCCCAACAACAGCUACUGGAACUGGGCCAGUACGGAACCAAACGAAGAUUAUCGAUCCGACAGCUGUCUUCUGAAGAGUUUUUUCAGUGUGACUAAUAACUGGAACGAUGUCACUUGUAAGGCCCAUCGCAGAUCCGUGUGUGAGAUCUUUAAUUAAAAGAAAGAUUGUACGCAAAACUUUAGAAUUUUAAUAUUUCCUAUGUUAAGUCUACCGAAGUACAUUAACGAUAUGCUUUCUAAGAUGGUUUUAGUCAUAAGCGUACAGGAAUAUUUAGGAAGGGGAGGGGAGCUGGCGCUUUUUGCCUCAGUAUCAACAACCCAGGUUCUCAUUAAAUGUUGACAUAUUAAACUACAACAAAUUUACAAGCAUGAGAAUAAUUCGAUUAAAUGUGAAUAUAUGUGUGAAUAUGUGUCAAACUAUGUAUUCAGAGCUAGGUCUGAUGACAAAUUUUCUGUGAAAUGUAUUUCGCAUAUACUGCAGAACAAAAGGGAAAGGCUCUCGAAUGAUGGUAAAUCACAGAAUUGUAAAUUAAUUUAUGUUUCUUCCCCUUCAUCAGAUUGGUGUCAAAGUUGAUUUCCCCUUAAAGAUACUAUGUCCCUUUUGCAGGCCAAAAAAAUGAAAAGGUUAAAUUCCAAUGGCAUUUGAAAGAUAAUACUAAUUUAGA